AUGCAGAAAUAAGCUGGAUGAAAACUAUAAAAGGGGAGUAUGAGGCUGGACAGCAGAUAUCUCAGAGGAAACAUCGCUACUGCAAAGAUGAAUUUGCUUGCAGUUAUUGCUGUUGCUGUGUGUGUCCUAGCACCACAUGCUGACUGCGCAUCAGAUAACAUCGCCUGGUGUUACCACCACCCAUGCUGCAACUACCGCACCUGGCCGGCCAUUGCUCCUCAGUUCUGCAAUGGAACACGUCAGUCCCCCAUCAACAUCGUGCCAGCUGCGGCAAAGGGGAACAGUGACCUGGUGGAGUUCAGCUUCAAGGGCUACGGCAACACCUACGCCUUGAAAACCAUCGAGAACACCGGGAAGACGGUUAAAGUGACCUUAAAAAGAGGCAUCCAGAUCUCAGGGGGAGACUUGUCUGAAUGCUACGACAGCCUGCAGUUCCAUCUUCACUGGGGAAACGGAGCCGCUUACCCCGGGUCAGAACAUACUGUGGACGGCAAGCGCUACCCCAUGGAGCUACACAUUGUACACAUCAAAUCCUCCUUCAAGAGAAACACCGAUCUUGCUGUUGCUGAUUCUGAGGGAGUUGCUGUUCUUGGUUUCUUUAUUGAGGAGCUGCCAGGUACGAGAAACCAGCCAGCCAGCUGGAAGACCUUGACCUCCUACUUGUCAGAUGUCUCGUUGGCUGGCCAGAAGUCAAGAAUAAAAUAUAGGAUUUCUCUGGACGAUCUUCUCUCUGGGGUGGACCGCUCAAAGUACUAUCGCUACCUCGGCUCCUUGACCACCCCUACCUGUGAUGAGGCUGUGGUUUGGACCGUGUUCAAGGAGCCAAUUAAAGUCAGCAAAAACUUGAUUGACCUCUUCAGCACAAGGCUGCACAUAGGUGACACGCCCUAUUCACCUCUCAUGGUUAAUGUGUUUCGAGGCAUCCAGCCAUCGCAGCCAGUCUCAACGCAGCCGUCCUGCACCAUACCUCACCGCCUUCUGAAAAAAAAGGGGACAGGCUGGGCUUUUUUCUGGGGAGAAAACUAAAAAGCUAAGGUCACAGCUCAACCAGUGUUUGAACUAUCCUACUUUGGAAUCAAAUGUGCGUAAAAAGCUAAAUACUUAGCUUUUAUAAAUUUCUUGUAUUUAUAGACUUGCCUGUCUUCAACUGCUGUACAACAUCAAUGCAUUUGUAACAGUUUUUGUUCAUUCCUUGUUGUUCUUCUUCUUGUAAUGACAAUAAGUUUUAUUUACAAAGCACCAUUCAGAACACUCAAGGACACUGUUCAGAACAAGCAGAACAAUAAAGAUAAAACAUUUAACAAUGAAAGUUACAAUGAACCGGUAAUCAGAGAAAGAAUGCACUACGCUUCAGCUAUUUUGAUAUAUUUUAUCAUUUUCAGAAACUUCCUUCUUAAAAUGUUUUGCAUUUCAAUCACAUUAGAAUUGGUCCAGCUCAAUUUAUUAAAAUUCUAAACUCCUUAAACCUGGUCUACAUCGUUCUAUUCUAAUAUGAAAAUCUUUCAAACCCAGUUUUGUGAUUUAUGAAACUUUUAUCUCCCCAUUUCAGCUUCAUGUACUUAGUACACAGCAUUACCUAAACUUUAGGUCAGUUCCUUUUUGACUAUUUAGGUUUUUCAAAAGAUAUUUUGUCUUUCUUUUGCCAAAGUUUGUAUUAAUUCUUUCAAAUUCAAUAAAUGCUACUUUAUUGGUUUUCUCUUCUUAAGCACUUUUCUGUAGGAGUUUGCGCUUCUAUAGCAAUCAGCUGCAGCUGAUACCUUGAUUCUGAAAUAUUUCCUUCAUUUUUUUUCACCCUUCAACAGGAGGUUAUGCAGACUUCUGUCUGUUACUCCACUUUAGCUUUCAGUUUUUCUGUUGAUCAGCUGACAGCUUAGCUGUUGUUAAUGUUUAUGCUCCUGUCAAAGUAAGAAUUGGUUCAUCUGAUCAUGGAAUAAAGUGGGUUUGAUUAUUUGAGCAUUUGUACUGUGUGGAUUAAAUGCAUGCAUUUAUUUAGAGAUUUAAGGCACACAUAAGGAUUAAUUUGCAAAAUACAGAUAAA